GCGGAGGAGCUGCACAGAUGUGGUGCUUGAACCUGACGCCUUCCUCAUCUUACAGCUGCUGGGAUCUUUUUCUUUUUUUAAUACUCGGGGUUCCAAACCUGCGCAUGAGGCUCAACCCGCAGCCUCCACAACACACGCACCGCUGCUCUUCACGGUGGAUGAGUAGCAUGUUUCUUCCUCUGUGCGCCUCAGAAAAUAAACACCACUCUGUGUGACUCUGCAGUGACCAUGCAUCACCUGCCAGCAGAUCAUCAACCCAACAGCAGCUGCAACUGCUCCUCUCCCCCUUCCAACUGGACAGCAGGGGGCGACACCCUGCAGCUGCCCACAUUCACAACAGCAGCCAAAGUCAGGGUGACCAUCACCUUCAUCCUCUGCGCCACGUCGGCCUUCUGCAACCUGGCCGUGCUGUGGGCAGCCCACAGCGAUGGGAAGCGAAAGUCGCACGUCAGGGUGCUGAUCAUCAACCUGACUGUGGCUGAUCUGCUCAUGACCUUCAUCGUGAUGCCAGUUGACGCAGUGUGGAACAUCACAGUCCAGUGGCUUGCUGGGGACCUUGUCUGCAGGCUACUGAUGUUUCUCAAGCUGCAGGCGAUGUACUCCUGCGCCUUUGUCACUGUGGUGAUUAGCCUGGACAGGCAGUCAGCUAUUCUCAACCCUCUGGCUAUCAACGAGGCCAGAAAGAGGAACAGAGUCAUGCUGUCUGUGGCGUGGGCCAUGAGUGUUGUGCUGUCAGUCCCUCAGAUAUUCCUUUUUCACAACGUGACCAUCAUUCAUCCCGAGGAGUUCACUCAGUGCACGACUCGUGGAAGUUUCAUGAGUCACUGGCAUGAAACUGCCUACAACAUGUUCACCUUCUCCUGCCUGUUCCUGCUGCCUCUGGUCAUCAUGAUCACCUGUUACACGAGGAUCUUCUGUGAGAUCUCCAAACGACUGAAAACGGACAACUUGUCGUCCAAUGAGGUGCAUUUGCGGUGUUCAAAGAACAACAUCCCCAGAGCCCGAAUGAGAACUCUAAAAAUGAGUAUAGUUAUUGUCUUGUCUUUUAUUAUCUGCUGGACUCCGUACUACCUGCUGGGCCUGUGGUACUGGUUCUUCCCCGAUGACCUUGAGGGGAAGGUCUCCCAAUCGCUAACCCACAUCCUGUUCAUCUUUGGUCUGGUCAACGCCUGCCUGGACCCGGUCAUCUACGGCCUGUUCACCAUUCACUUUCGAAAGGGGCUCCGGAGGUAUUUUUGCAAAGCUCCCCCAGCGUCUGACCUGGAUAACAACACGGUUAUAACUGGAUCUUUAACUUGUGCUGCCAGUAUUUCACCGCUGAAAAGAGAGGUGAGCCCUGCUGCCAGCCAGGAGAAGUUCAUAAUGUACAGUACCAAUCACAGUAAAGAAGAGUCAACAUCACCAAGUGGCAGGUUUUUAACAGCAGACAAUAAUACAGCUAGAGAUGUAAACCAGUCCAGCUCCGACAGCACCGUGUGAGGACAGGAGAAGAGACCUGACAGUUUUUUAUAAUGUUGUAUAACUAUAUUAUUUAUUCAUCUUUAUUCAUCGUCUGACGGUCUAAUGUGUGGGGUCCUGUAUUCCUUGAACCCUGUCAUUUUACCUAAAAAAUGAUGCUUGUGUAUAAUAAAAUGAAAUACAUUUAUAUUUCCUGUAAGAGGAGAAACUUGGUAAAUGAAUGUUUAUGUGCUCUGUAUCUUGUGAUUUGACAUCUUGAAUUAAAUUAAAUGUAUCCACUGGGA